GGCGAUGUCAGGGCCGGCGGGGGACAGGCCCGGGGCCGCCGAGACGCCGAUCUUGGGCGCGCUGCGGGGCCACCGUGUCUAUGCGCGCCGCUGGGUCUUCCUGCUGGUACUCAGCCUGCUCAGCUGCUCCAACGCCACGCUGUGGCUCAGCUUCGCGCCUGUGGCUGACAGGAUCGUCCAGUACUUCCACCUCUCCACUGAGCAGAUCAACUGGCUCUCGCUGGUCUACCUUGCAGUGUCCAUCCCAUUCGGCGUGGUGGCCAUUUGGGUUCUGGACUUUGUCGGGCUCCGCUGGGCGACCAUCCUGUGUGCAUGGCUGAACUUUGCUGGGAGUGUGAUCCGCAGCCUGUACUGCAUGGACAUCGGGACCCAGGACCCAUUUGCCUUCCUCAUGGGUGGGCAGAGCCUCUGUGCCCUGGCCCAGACCCUGGUCAUCUUCUCUCCAGCCAAGCUGGCUGCCUUGUGGUUCCCCGAGCACCAGCGAGCCACAGCCAACAUGAUCGGCACCAUGUCAAACCCCCUGGGCAUCCUGGUGGCCAACCUGCUGUCACCCGCCCUGGUGAAGAAGGAGGAGGAUAUCCCCUUAAUGCUGGGCAUCUACAUCAUCCCUGCUGGCCUCGCCUGCCUGCUGGCCACUGCGUGCCUCUGGGAGAGCGUGCCCCCCACCCCGCCUUCUGCUGGGGCUGCCUGCUCCACCUCGGAGAAGUUCCUGGAUGGGCUGAAGCUGCUUGUGCGGAACAAGGCCUACGUCAUCCUGGCUGUGUGCUUCGGGGGUGGCAUCGGCAUCUUCUCCAGCUUCUCAGCCCUUCUGGAACAGGUCCUCUGUGUGAAGGGCUACUCCAAUGAAUUUGCGGGCUUCUGUGAGUCUCUCUUCAUCGAAUUUGGGGUGCUGGGGGCACUGGUUCUCGGCCUGUACGUGGACCGGACCAAGCAUUUCACUGGAGCCCUCAAGAUCGGCCUCUGUCUGACCUCCAUGGUCAGUGUGGCCUUUGCCCUGGUGUCCCAACUUCAGGGACAGACUGUUGCCCUGGCCGUCAUCUGCUCACUGUUUGGGCUCUUUGGCUUCUCUGUGGCACCCGUAGCGAUGGAGCUGGCGGUCGAGUGUUCCUUCCCAGUGGGUGAGGGUGCGGCCGCGGGCCUGAUCUUCGUGCUGGGGCAGGCCGAGGGUGUGCUCAUCAUGGUGCUGCUGACAGCCCUGACCGUGCGUCGUGCAGAGCCGUCCUUCUCCACCUGCCAGGAUGGCCAGGGCCCACUGGACUGGAAGGUGUCCGUGCUGCUGAUGGCUGGUCUGUGCACCCUCUUCACCUGCUUCUUGGUGUUCUUCUUCCAUACCCCGUACCGGCGCCUGGAGGCCGAGGCAAGCGCUAGCCCCUCCAUCCAGGAGGACGUGUGCCCGGCAGUCGAGGACCACACACCCCACCUGGCAGCCAUGCCUGAGGCUCUGCCUUGGGACCCCACGACCCCCAGCACAGAUGCUGCAGGAAGCUCAGGGGCAGCUCAUUCCUAGAGCCUGCUCUCCUGACCCUGCCUUC